AGCCAACUUGCCUCUUGCAUUUUCUUUGAGAUCAACCUUAGCAAUCUCUACAAUAUUCCCUUUUUCUAUUAUACACCCUUGCCGCAGUAGAAAUCACCACCUGCACACGCCCAGCCAAUGGAAGAAGCGAAAAUUACUUCUUUCUCAUUGAGGCCAUACAAAAUAUGAGAAAAACCAACUACAUACAACUAUUGGCAUUUGUAUUCUUCACACUACACCAACACUAGUAUCAUACACAAUGGGUGGCGCUGGACCAAAGACUUAUAUGGGAUGGUGGGGUAACAUCGGUUCCCCAAAACAGAAGUUCAUCACCAUCUACACCGUUUCGCCAUGGGCUACCAAGCCUUUCAAGGGUGCUGCCUACAACGCUGUGUUCAACACUUUCAGAAGAACCAAGAACCAGGCUUUGUACGUGAUUCUUCCUUUCGCCAUUGUGUGGAACAUCUGGACCAACGCCAGAGAUUACAACGAGUAUUUGUACACCAAGGCUGGAAGAGAAGAGUUGGAAAGAGUCAACGUCUAGAUGGCUGAUUCUUUUUAUAUACGUAUCACAUAGCAUGUCAUCAGACACGACGCUGCUAGUAGUACAAAUGAUGUUACUGCCAGUGGUUGUGUCUGCGCUUCUCCUUUGAUAUAUUUAUUUCAUUACGGAGCUUUGCACCGAUCUACAUAGUUAAUUAAGACAUUCCUGAAU